UAUUUAUGAUUUUAGUUUAAUUUCCUUUGAAAGAUAAUCUUUCUUAUCUUUUUGGCUACGAUCAAAUUAUUUAAACAAAUUUCUUAUAUACUACUAGUUUUUGGUAAUGGGCUAUCAUCAGCCCAAACAAAAUACAUUAUUAAUUAUUUUUAUCUUCUGCCAGUAACUGGUUGAGCCCCCUAACUGACGAUCAUGCACUAUCUAAGAUCCGUCGUUGCCGUAGCGCGCACUCAACCUCCGAACUGUAUUCUCUACAUCGCCUGCUAAGCCUUACGUGGCGGGCUCGUCGAGGAAAAUGCCUUCUCCGGAUAAAUACAGCUUAGCACGACAACACGACCGUUUUCUCUCCACCGAACACGCGUUGACUGGUUCUGUUUCUUAUUAUUACAUCCGAAAUCAUUAAUUAUUUGAUUUUUUAAUAAAUAAAUUUAAAUUUAUUCCCUUUGCUCAUAAUUACAAAUCAAUCCAAUAAUCACAUACCUGUCGUUGACUUGUCAAAAAGAGAAACAUAUCAAUCUAAAGUCCCCGAGAGAAUUAAAAAAAACAAUGUUGUUCAUCGAAACCAAAGCUUGACCGAGUUCGAAAUGAGCCGCGACGACGGAGACAAGCCUUCUCCGGCACCAGGGAAGAAGCUAGGCGACGAGCAGCUAGCAGAGCUCCGAGAGAUAUUCCGAUCAUACGACCAGAACAACGACGGGAGUUUGACGGAGCUAGAGUUAGCCGCGCUUCUCAGAUCCCUCGGUCUGAAGCCGAGCCAAGACCAGCUCGACACUCUCAUCCACAAAGCGGACCGGAACAACAACGGAAUCAUCGAGUUCUCCGAGUUCGUCGCCCUCGUCGAGCCGGAUCUCGUCAAGUGCCCUUACACGGAGGACCAGCUCAAAGCCAUCUUCAAGAUGUUCGACCGCGACGGGAACGGGUACAUAACGGCGGCGGAGCUGGCGCACUCGAUGGCGAAGCUGGGACACGCGUUGACGGCGGAGGAGUUGACGGGGAUGAUCAGGGAAGCUGAUCGAGACGGUGACGGGUGUAUUGAUUUUCAAGAGUUCGUUCAGGCGAUUACUUCAGCAGCGUUUGAUAAUGCUUGGGGAUGAAGAAAGGUUUAAUAAUUUGGAUUUUUUUUUGUUUUUUGAGAUUGUUUCUUUGUUACUCCAUCUUCUUGCAUAUUUUGAUUUGAAAGUGUUUGUGUAGUAGUUUGUGAAGAUACUGUUUCAUAUGUUCUCUGUGAUGAAAAUUUGAUAGCUUGGAGAGAAAGCUACAUCAUUGUUUAGGGCAAAAUACUAUU